AUGAACACCCGCCAGCCGAUCCAACCGAACACAACACCAGCCGUUCUAAGCUUGUCCUUCUCUGCAUCUCGAAAUCGCUUCAUCUGCGGACUGGCGGAUGGCGUCCGCAUAUUGAGAUCCGAUAACUGCCUGGCCACCUAUCAACCAUCGACGACAGAUCCAGACUCGCCAUUCACAGGCGGCAUCGCCCUCGCGGAGGCCCUCGAUGAUCGAUGCAUCGCCUUCGUAGCUGGCGGCAGGACUUCCGUAGGCAAGGAGAGUGUCGUAAUCUUCUGGGACUGCCUGCUGGAGAGGGAAGUGCAGCGGUUGGAAUUUGCAGAGCCGGUGAAGGGUUUGAGGCUGAGCGGCAAGUGGAUGGUCGUUGUCCUUCAGGAAAGGAGUAUUUUGUUUGCCUACCAGCAGCUACAGGAGCCUACGCCGCCACCUGAGAAUGACACCCGGGAUAGUGGAGAUGACGACACAAGAACAAAGACUGCCGCUCAAACCACCGAAGAAAGCUUGCGAGGGCCAAACAAAGUCCACGCUCUUCACCCAACCUCUUCAAACCCUUUCGCACUUAUCAGCUUGCGCAACGACCUACUCGUACUACCCGCGCAAAGCAUCGGCCAAAUUCAGCUCAUCCCUCUCCCUUCAGGCUCCAAACGAGUCCUCCGAGCCCACAACACAGCUCUCCGGUGCAUCGGCCUCUCACCCUCCGGCAACCUCCUGGCGUCCGCUUCCGAGCAAGGAACCCUCAUCCGUGUCUUCAACACGACGACGUUGGACCAGAUCGCUGAGUUUCGCCGCGGCGUCGAGAAAGCCAUUAUCUACAGCCUGGCCUUUUCCGAUGGCGAGCGGUGGCUGGCCUGUACGAGCGACAAAGGUACUGUGCAUGUGUUCGACCUGCGUCCGCCAGUAUCAGAGCCACCAGCCGGUGUACCCGCCAGUCAGUCCAACAAGAGCACAUCUCAGUCCCACCGCAAAUCAUCCUCCAACCCCACAGCACCGAACCCGCACCGGUUAUCCGGCGGCCGGCCCUCCUCAACCCUCUCUGGCCGCUCCUCGCCCACGACCGCUACCGUGCAAACCCAGCAGACAGGCUACCACGGCAGUAUCCAAGAGUACUACGGUCUCCGCCCUCCUCCCACGAUGCCCUCACCCAACCCAGGGGUCUCCGCCGUGGCAGCCUUCAAGCAAUCCUCCUGGGCACCCAAACUCCUCAAAGACGUCCGUUCCGUUGCCAGCGCACCCUUCAUCAUGGGCGAGGAAGGGCCGUAUUGGCAAGGCGGAAGCAGUCAUAGCUGGACUACCGCGCCUGGAGGUGUGAGGAAGAGGGUGCGGAAUCCUGUGAGAGCUUUGCCCGCGGAUCCGACGGGGAAGCCGGUGAAAGGCGUGGUGGCGUUUGCUCCGGCUGGUGGAGAGGACGGGAGGGAGGAUGAUGUGGGCGCGGUGUUGUAUGUGGUUGGCGGUGGGACGGAUGCCAGGUGGGAGUGCUUUGAUCUUGUGCCGCGGGAGGGAGGUGGAUGGGUGUUGGUGAGGAGGGGUUGGAGAGGGUAUCUGGGACGGCAGUUCGUUGAUUAG